GUUUUCUUAUGCAAAAAUAUAAAAGAAUAUAUUUUUUCAAUGGUUUUUUUUUUUUGUUUGAUUGUGUUUAAAGCGAGUGCGCUUCGACGGGCCAAUUGAAGAAUCACGCGCGUGACGACGAAAAGCUCACGAUAAAACAAAUCGUGCAAAGUACAUACAAAUACGAAUUUUAACAAAUUUAUAGAAUUUAUGUAUCUACAUACUUGCGCAUAUACUAAAUGUUUUUUGUUGUUGUGUGAAGUAGUGUUUAUUACGUUGGAAACACACAUGAACAGCUCGACAUUUCGGUAGCGUCACAAGCGGCUUGAUUAUGCUAUAUGCACGACGAGAACAAUUAUCAACACGAAAUAAGCCAAAGCAACAACAAAUCGCGUCGUCAACACAUUUGAAUUUGCGAUUUAAAUUUGAAUUGAAUUAAAUGAAUCUCAGCGUAUAAUUUUCGUAGACGUCGCCGACUUAAUAAGCGACAGCGGGGCGUCCAGACGGCACGCAGGCAGCGCGUUUUCAAUCGUGACUUCAAGUAAACACGCGGUAGUCUAGCGCACAAAACGGAAGUUAUUAAGGCGUGUUAAGUGAAGUAUACAGUGCAGUGCCGUUGAUUAUCCCAUGGGACGCCCAUUUAAUUACUAACUGCAGUGAAAAGGACUAAAAGGGCUUGCCGAGGCAAUUCAGCCAUAUUUAUUACUCCACGGCAAUAUAACGGUGCGCAACGUCUGCGAAUAGCUAUAAAAUAGUGCAACGACCUCUUUUUUGUAUGCUUGUAUUGGUGCGUCCGCGUAUGUGCUCUGCAUUGCAUAGGAGUUAAGGUCCUUUGCACAGCAUAGCGGCAGCAGACAACAGAAAACGGAAGCGGAAACAAAGUAGAGUUGAGUGUUGUGGAGUAGAGAACGAAGUUGUAGAAUAAUUGCAGACGUCGCAGCAGUUUGCGUCAUAAAGGCCCAACUAGCCGCCAAUAAUUCUGUGCCUUUUCACUAACACAAAUACAUACAUACCACUCAGUGCAGUACAUAUAUGUAAACACGUUUGAUUUCGCUUCAUUGUUUUGAUUGCAACGACGAUUUUCGAUCGAUUUUCCUCCACCCAAACAAAAAAAAGAAGAAAGAAUUUCCACCGCCUCCAAUACACCUUCAACCACCGCAGUCAACUUGUGCCGCCGAGUGCCUCAUCGAAUUUGUAUCGAAUUAUUUGAAUAUUUAUAACCAAGCGCCGUAAUACGAGUAGUAGUCGACGAUAUUAAGAAAGGUGAAUGUGCGCCGAGUUUCCAUUUACGCGUUGACCUUUUGUAAGCGCAUAAGCUGAGGUGAAGAAGCAAUACUAGUGAAGCAGCAGUCAGCAGUCGCCCACAAGUUUUGCACUUUUUAGCGAAUUAAGCUCAAUAAUUUGAUUGAGUACUCAACGGCAGUUGGCAGCUUGGCAGCAAAGUAGGAAAUAAAACGAAUUGCACACAUCAAACGACAAAUGAGCUUCAUAAUCGAAAGUGGCAACACGUCAGCAGUGAAUACAGUUACAGCAACUACAGCUCGAACAAAAGAAGAAGAAGAAGAAGAGGAAGAAGUGACAGCUAGCGACAACAGCAGCAUUGACUUUAGCAGAAGUAGCAACAGCAGUCAGCGCCUACCCCGACGCACACUCACCUCACCACCACCUCCCAAGCCACCCAAGCCACUCAAGCUGACAAAGUGCCAUAGCAGUGAUUAUCAGUUGCAACAUCAUCUGCUACUCGUCGACUUACCGAACUAUCAACAGCAACACCACGAACAUAAUCAAAUCAAUCACGCGCUUCGACAGCCGCCACAUAGACAUCAGCAACAUAAACCUCCACAUCAGCAUAAGCAUCAAUAUCAUCACUAUCAUAUCCAUAAUAAGCCGAAAACCCCACCAAAUUCACAGCAAGUACAACAAAAAGAGCAACAAAGCGAUAGCAGUAACUUAAUGCCUUCACUGGAUUAUGGUGUGCCGCCACCGCUGCCACCAAAACCGAAAAGUUUAUUGCAACACAUCAAACCGCAGCAACAGCAACAGCAACAGCUUCAGGAGCAACAACAAUAUCAGCUGUUACAGCAACAAAAAAUAUUACAGCAACAAUUGCAACAACAGUUACAGCAACAGCUGCAGCAAGUGCUUAAACCACAACAGCAGUUACUGGCUGAGCCGCAACAACAAAACGAUCAGCAGCAGCAACAAAAGCAAUCGCGGCGAAAUUCCAAUGACACCACCACACAUCAUCAGCAACAAUCACCUAAAUCACCAAAGCCGCCGCCAUCACCACGUACCUCAAAAUCCCCACUACCGCCAACGUCAUCCUCACCGCUCGCACUUCAGUCUGCUGGCAGCAAGAAGGACGCUGCGAAAUCGCCAACGCAAUCACAAACGCAAACUCAGACAUUUCAAUUCCAUCGUUUCCAUCAUCACAAAUCGGCGCCCACAUUUGAUCUCUUCUUCAAAUCGCCCACGAAUUCAUCCAGUGCCACGCCCCUAUCCAAAUCACGCCGCAACAGUUCAUAUCAUUCGUACGAUGAUUUGGAUGCAACGAGCGCCGAGAAGAAAGUUGUAUCCAGUUUGAAAUAUUUGUGCGCCUGCACUGGCGCCACUUUGCGAAAUCUCUCGAAGAAAACAAAAGAUUUACACGCGAAGAAUUACUGUUACACGAAGGUAAAUCGAUGGGUGAGAAAGUGUUUGUAGAGUCGUAGAGGAUGUUAACCUACGUAGCAAGGGUAUACUAUUUCGAGAUAUGUAAUUGUUUUGUUUGUAUUGAUGAAAGGCAAUUAGAGUUAUUGAUAUGAAAAACUUUUGCUUUCGGUAAAGUAGCGUUACUCUUAUUAACAGAUUUAGCUACUCAUAGUGUGAAAAAUACAUCGAUAGUGAUGCCGAUAACACGGUGGUAUAUGUAUGUACAUUAGACCGUACCACCUUACAAACAAAAAAAAACAGUUCGCUGUACUCCCCUGAGUAAAAUAUUUUUGCAAGGCAAUUUGGAAACAAAAAUUUUGUUUUGACGGACCAAGGGGUCGUGGGUAAGUACAAGUA